UACUGCAAGACCGGGCCAACCCGCGACGGAGGUGGAGCAAGCCCCUAACCUCCGCCAAUUUCCAAAAAUCAGUUUAAUAUACUGGACCCGCAUGCGGGUCGUAUCAGAUAUUAAGCUGAUAAGAACAGAUACUACACUUUGAUCUUAGCCAUAGGCCGAGAAGCGAUAACGUAUUUUCUGUAAUGUCCCCGCUUUAUCGUGCCGCAGAAGUAAUGCAACUAACAGUGUUACGAGCAGCGCCCUCUCCCACACCAAUGUCGUUAGUACAAUCGUAUUUUACAGUUAACGGUAUAAAUAAGGUGGUUUAUUAAUUUAUUUAUGUUUGAAGUUUGAACCAAUUACCAAACCGUGAAGGAUUAGGACCAAACUGAGCUUUUCGGUGUUAUAAUCAAAAUAAGCAAAUACGACCAUAGUAAUUGAUCACCGCAACCCCCACUGAUGUAAGUUCUUUGGAGAAAAAAUGCAAAAACAACAACGAUUGCUACGAGAAAUUGCUAAAAUAGCGCAAUCUCCGCCUAAAGAAAAUUAUCCAUUUUCUCCACCAUCCAUCAAGUUCUUAACGAAGGUUUAUCAUCCUAACAUCGACGACAGUGGAAGAAUAUGCCUAGAUUUAAUUAAAAUGCCCCCAAAGGGUAAUUGGAAACCGACGAUUGGAUUGGAAGGCCUCCUGAUUGCGAUAAAAAUGCUUUUGGAAAAUCCCAAUCCGGAUGAUCCUUUAAUGAUGGAAAUCGCUGAAGAAUUUAAAAACAACAAAUCGGAGUUUGAACGAAAAGCAAGAACGUGCACGGAAGACUACGCUAUUCAAUAAUAUUCCAUUUUUAAUAUUUAUUAUACUCGUACUGUUUAAUGUAUGUCGAUAUAAAUUUGAUAGAUUUGUGCCAUUAA